GGUCUCAUCUACCUGCCUAACUCUAGACUGCAUCCAUGUGGCGCCAUCUACCAGCUGAGGCCGGCGGAGAACACUUCUUUGACACCGGAAUUCCAAUAUCCUCGUUUUCCAUCGCCAUCAACCCCGCAUAAACUCAUAAUUACUCAGCUAUCAUGCAGCUAUAGGACAGAUACUUCACCUCGAUUUUUCUCUUCUUAUUACACCCCAACUUCCUCUUUGGCCUCCCAGUAUUCCCCUUUGUCUUCUCAGACCUAUUUUCCUUUUUCAUCAAAUUUUUCAAACACGUUUUUCGCUUCUUUUGCAUUUCUAUCAUCAUCAUCAUUAACUUUUGUCGACGUCGCCGAAAAAAUCCCUUACAUCUCACAUUUUGCAUCAUAUACAGCUUCGCCUUCCGUUUGGACUCCUACUUCAGAUCAAUUUGUAACCCAUUCUACUUUGGAUCUCUCCGCUUUAAGACGCAAAGAGACUGGUAACUCGGCUAAAUCUGAGCCCGUCAAUGCCAUCUCUGAGGGCAACAUCGACGCUUUAAUUAACUCUGUUAGAAGACUGAUGAUUUACAGGACAGAUCAGCCUAUCAGAACGAGCAGGAGAGGCGAGAAAAUGCAGAUCGGCCUGGGUAAAGACGACACGAGUCUACUUGCUGGGCAAUUUGAUCAUGAAGCAUCCAGAAGGAGGCGUUCGACAUUACCAUUAAAAGCAUGGUCCGGUCACCAAAAACUAAAUAAUGUUAGAACAGGGAUUGCUCAGAGUCCCCUGACCUGGGCCAUCUUUGGUGCAGGUGACGAUCAAACAGAAAACCAGUUGCUAGGUGAUUUGAGUGUGACGAUCGAAGCUUCUAUGUCAAGGCAGAGGCUGCGAAGAAUUCGCCGAAGUCGGAGAGGUACGCAAUAUGAUCUUUUACCUAUCCUAAGCUUUUUGUAUUGA